AACUCUAAGUGGCUGUUUGCUCUAAAUAGAGAGCAAACAAUUAAUGUAAUAACAUUAUAUUAUGUAAUGAUAUUAUGUGAUGAUCGAUUUCGUCCCUGUAUCGCGCACCUCGAAAUGCGUUUUUUUUCGCUCAUGGACGAGUGAAGCAAGGGAUUCCUGACAUCCUCACACACAAGCAUUGACAGGCGAGCGUCCAGUGUCAAGAGUCCAUAGUCACUGCAGCGUACUGUGUCUGCCCGCCGCCAUGCUACCGUCAGACGCCCCAUUGACAGUGUUGCCUUGGCGCAUCCUGGUCCCUCUGCUGCAGCUGUAUGGCUGCUUCCCAUACAGGAUAUCUUCCACCAACUCUCCGCCAGUGUUCAGCCUCCCGCUGUGCCUGUGCAGCGUGGCCAUGCAGUUAUUGAUUGUCGUUUUGUUCAGCAAGUGGUCCAGUGUGAACCACAUAUCAUUCCUCUCAAUGAACAUGGGCACCGUCAGCUACAUCUUUUCCAGCAUAGUCAUGGCGGUUUCAUUGUGGCUGGCUGGCUUUAUCCUGCUGAUAAACAGUGGUGCAGUCGCUGCUCUGCUGCAUGACCUGUCCCAGAUGAAGAAUGUCUUCUCGCCGUCCUGGCGCCAUUGGUUGUGCAACGCGAGGACACUGCUGAUGCUGGCAUACGGGAUUAUUAUAACAUGCUUGUCUGUAACGUUCACCCUCUUCUCAGUAAGACCCUCUACUGUCUUGGAGACUUUGUUCCUCACAAUGGCUGCAGUGGUCUGUUCUGUCAUCUUCUGGCUGCCUAUAGAGCUGUUCUACUCGGUGCUCGCCGUCCAGGCCCACCACCUUCUGGUCAAUACGAAGGCUACUGCGACCAAGGUGUCCGCUUUUCUCGCCGGUAACGAGUCUUUUAAGUGCGAGAGUGACGUGAAGACGACGAUGGCGGCGCUGGUGCACCUGGACGCUGUCAUUCAGGAGGUGGAGGUGAAGCGGGCGAAGACCACACGCCUGUUCUUCCCAAUCAUCAACAUAUUCUUCGUGAUUGCGAUCAUGAUGGCCAUCACCAGCCCUUACACCAUCAUUCAAGGGAGCAUUACAGGCGGCGGCACCUUCGGAUCGUUACUAUUAGCUUCCCACAUCAUGGGCAGCCUGUUUCACGCUGGCCAAAUGUUCACCAGCCAGGUGAGUGAAGCCGAGGGAGUCUUGAAGCAGCUGAGAGCCAAGAGUCAGGACCUCAGUGUCAGCCUGAAGGUGAACCUUGUGAUGGGGAGUUUGUCGUCUUUACUUACCUUCGAUGUGUGUGGCUGGUACACCCUCAGCUACUCCUCCCUCCUUGCAAAAGGUGAAGCGAGUGUGCACACAGAGCCCAGAUUGACACAUGACUCACUCCUGUGGCUUCUCUUGUUUCGUUGUGUGUGCAUCAACAUCUGUAAAAUGUAAUGAACACGUAUGUUACCGAUGAGACACUUUGUACUUAUCAACUUGGAAUAAAAAAAAAAUUUACUUUCAAAACACCCUUACGAAUGAAUAAUAAAUAAUGAUGGAA